AUGGAUACCCUCAACUUAACAAAAAAAUGCCCUAACCCUGGUCACAAAGAUGCCGCCUCUAAAGAUGAGAAAAUGAAUGUCAAAAGGCCCAAACUCGAAGCGACUGAUGCAGAACUUAUGUUCCCGCUGCCUCCGUUUCGUCAAACACCCGGCCCAAUCUCAGUCUCCCAGUCAUACUUGCACAGACUCAUUGUGGAACGUUGGGAGGCAGAAGUGAACGCCUGUGAGCAAGCAAAAAAACAGCAGCUAUCAGAAAUUGCACCAGGCCCAAAUAUUAGUAUCUUACAAGCAAGCUUGCGAAGAAUUGUCGGCAAGCGCUGGGAUGCAGAAUUGAAGCGAAGCGAGCCCAACUUUUAG